UAUGUACUGACGAAGAUCGAUCUUUAAACUUUAUCCAAUUGGCCGCCGGAAUAUUCAGCCGGAAAGUGACGUCACCUCAUUUAUUUUAACCCCUUUCUCUCCUAAAUGAGACGAUCAUUCCUUCAAUUAGGAGGAGGAGGAGGAGGGAGGACGAGCCUUUGAUCGGAAUAUGUCUAGCUACUCUCCACUCACAUGGCGCUCACCACUCUCUAUCCUCCGCCGUCCAUUUCUUUCCCCUGCAACCAGCAAUCAAACUUAUUUUCUAUCAAGUACUCCUCGUCUUGCCUUUCGUACCACUCUCACCGGAAGAUUCCGUCGGGAAGUUGCGAUCCCGCCUCCUGUGAGUUCUCUUUUCACGGACACUUCUGUCUUCACUGAUAUUUGCGCUACUGCUGUGUCCGGCGCCAUUGCACAAUCCGUUCUCCGAUUGUGGGAGGAAACCGCCCAGAGAGGAAUAUUUGACCAGAAACUAAACAGGAAAUUAACACAUACAAGCAUUGGGUUGGUAUUCAUGUUGUGUUGGCCUCUAUUCAGUUCUGGUCCCCGAGGAGCUAUUUUAGCAGCCCUUAUUCCUUGCGCCAAUAUAAUCAAGAUGCUUGUUAUAGGGCUUGGAAUAUGGAAAGAUGAAGGAACUGUCAAGUCCAUUAGCAGAUAUGGAGACCCAAGGGAGCUUCUGAAAGGGCCACUCUAUUAUGUUUCCACAAUUGCUUUGGCCUCCGUUAUUUUCUGGAGAACUUCCCCUAUUUCCAUUGCUGUCAUCUGCAAUCUCUGUGCUGGAGAUGGAAUAGCCGACAUAAUAGGUAGGCGAUUUGGAACACAGAAACUCCCUUAUAAUAGUAACAAGUCGUUCGUAGGCAGCAUCUCCAUGGCCAUUGCAGGCUUCAUUGCAUCAAUUGGGUUCAUGCAGUACUUCUCCAUAUUCGGUUACAUUGAUUGGAGCUGGAAGAUGGUUAUCGGAUUCUUGAUCGUAUCUAUCGCAUCAGCGCUGGUUGAGUCCCACCCUUUGAGCACUGAGAUAGAUGACAACCUGACAGUUCCCCUAACUGGUGUGUUGAUUGGCACACUCGUUUUCUGAUCCUAGUUUAGUUUUAGAGUCAUUGUAGUAUUGUAGUACCUAUAUUGUAAGAAUCGCAUGCAUGCUGCCAUUAAUAGAAUGCAAAUUCAGAAACUAGAUAAAAUGGAGUUCCCAUUCACAUAUACACAAGUUUUCCAAAACAACAAGAACACAAGGAUGAUGGACUUAUUAAUCAUCAAACAAAACCCAGUCUUGAGUUAUUUUUGUAAUUGGAGGAUUAACAGCAGAAUCAAAGGCUCCCCAUUUGGUUGUGUCUGAGUUCGAGUUUCUCUUCCUGAGAGAGUCGAGGGCAUCUAUAAAGCUCUGGAUCCUUCGAACCUGGCAAUAAAUAAUAUAUAGAAUAAAUACAUCAAAAGGAAAGAAGUAGCAUUCAUCAUUUGAAACUCGAUGACAACCUCUAUCCUCCUCUGAAUUUUUGCUCCUCCUCCUCCAUCUCCAUCAGGAGCAUCAAUAAUCAUAAUAGAGUCUAGUUUAAGUAAUUGCCCCGUUAGCAAAUCAGUUAAGAUGACAAAUUCCUUAUCCACCACUUUACUUCCACUUUCAACAGCCCUUCCCAGC